AUGGUCCCGGGCGUCGUCGUCCUCUGCCUAGUCUGGUUCAUCCCCGAAUCGCCCCGCUGGCUGACGGCCCACGGCAAGUCUGAACAAGCCAAAGCCACGCUGAUCAAAUAUCACGGCGACGGCAACGCGGACUCGGCCGUCGUGCGACUGGAACUGCAAGAAAUGCAAGCCUCGAUCGACUAUGACGCGGCGCUGAACAAGACCCAGCACUGGUGGGACUACCGCAUGCUGUUCAACAACAGGGAGAAUCUGUACGGAAUGUGGCUCGCCGCCCUGGUGACCGUCUUCUCGCAAUUCAUCGGCGGCUCCGUCAUCACGUACUACAUGCCCGUCAUCCUGAAGGACGUGGGCAUCACGAGCUCGUCGCAGCAACUGCUCCUCAACGGCAUCAACGUGAUUUUCGGCUUUGUAAGCGGCGUCGCGGGCUCUUUCUCCGUCGAAAAGCUCGGCCGCAGACAGUUGUUUCACUGGGGCUCCUUUCUCACGGGCCUGACGUACAUCCCGAUCAACCUGAUCGCGGCGCAGGCGGACGGCCACGUGGCGCACGGCACGGGCCUCGCCUUCAUCGCCAUGAUCCUGCUCUACGGCAUCUUCUGGUCCUUCUGCUAG